CCAGACUGGGUAGUCGAAGCUCGUGUUGCUGUCAGUGCGCGGAGUCACACGGUUUUGCCUGCCUUGGCUUUGUUGGGUAUCCGACGCUCAUGGUUUGGAGCCUUUACCGAAAUUGAUGAAUACCCUCUACAUGCUUAUCGCAUGGAUUGAAAGCCACGAUCCUGAUGUGAAAGAGGGGACGAUCCAGAACAGAGCCGCCUUUCUGAAUCCGGACACCCACACAACUCCUGACAUUAUCCAUUUCAAGUGUCACCGAAAAACUGUCAGGAGACUUGAGUUCGAAGAUUUACUGGAGAAAUUCUGACCGUGUGGAUUUCCCGGUUUGGUUUUCAGCCAUGCCCUGCGUCCAGGCUCAGUAUGGAUCAUCACCUCAAGGAGCGAGUCCUGCUUCCCAGAGCUACAGCUACCACCCGGCAGGAGAGUACAGCUGCGACUUCCUAACACCCGAGUUUGUUAAGUUUAGCAUGGACUUGACCAACACCGAGAUCACAGCCACCACUUCACUCCCGAGUUUCAGUACAUUCAUGGACAACUAUAACACCGGUUACGACGUUAAACCGCCCUGUCUGUAUCAGAUGCCCCACUCUGGAGAGCAGUCCUCCAUCAAGGUGGAGGACGUCCAGAUGCACAACUACCAUCAGCAGGGCCACCUGCAACCUCAGUCAGAGGAAAUGAUGGCUCACUCUGGGCCUAUGUAUUUCAAACCCCCCUCGCCUCAUGCCCCGAGCACACCAAACUUCCCAGUUCAGCCUAAUCACAUGUGGGAGGACCCGGGCUCCCUCCACAGUUUCCACCAGAACUAUGUUGCGGCCACAUCUCACAUGAUAGACCAACGCAAGAACCCGGUGUCGAGGCUUUCGCUCUUCUCCUUCAAGCAGUCCCCGCCCGGUACCCCCGUCUCCAGCUGUCAGAUGCGGUUCGACGGCCCGCUGCACGUCUCCAUGAACCACGACAACCAGGGCGGGCACCGGGGCCUGGACGGCCAGAGCUUCGCGGUGCCCAGUGCCAUACGGAAACAGGCGGGCCUGGCCUUUCCUCACUCCCUGCAGCUCGGACACGGGCACCAGCUGGUGGACAGCCAAAUGCCAUCGCCCCCGUCCCGAGGAUCUCCGUCAAACGAAGGUCUGUGUGCGGUGUGUGGGGACAACGCAGCCUGCCAGCAUUAUGGAGUGAGAACCUGCGAGGGCUGCAAAGGAUUUUUCAAGCGCACCGUCCAGAAAAAUGCAAAAUAUGUGUGUUUAGCAAAUAAAAACUGUCCUGUUGACAAACGCCGAAGAAAUCGUUGCCAGUUCUGCCGUUUCCAGAAGUGCAUGGUCGUCGGAAUGGUGAGAGAAGUUGUCCGAACGGAUAAUCUCAAAGGUCGGAGAGGACGCCUACCAUCCAAACCCAAAAGUCCCCAGGAGCCCUCACCACCCUCGCCGCCUGUGAGCCUCAUAAGCGCACUCGUCAGGGCCCAUGUGGACUCCAACCCCUCCAUGUCUGCUUUGGACUAUUCACGAUUCCAGGCAAACCCUGACUACCAAAUGACUGGAGACAACACUCAGCACAUCCAACAGUUCUACGAUCUCCUGACGGGCUCCAUGGAGAUCAUCCGGGGCUGGGCGGAGAAGAUCCCUGGCUUCUGUGAUUUACCGAAGCAAGAUCAAGAUCUGCUCUUCGAGUCCGCAUUCCUCGAACUUUUUGUCCUGCGACUGGCGUACAGGUCCAACCCAGUGGAAGGCAAGCUUAUUUUUUGUAAUGGAGUUGUGUUACACAGGCUACAGUGCGUCCGUGGAUUUGGAGAGUGGGUGGACGCCAUCGUGGAGUUUUCCUCAAACUUACACAGCAUGAACAUAGACAUCUCAGCCUUCUCCUGCAUCGCAGCUCUGGCCAUGGUAACAGAACGACACGGGCUCAAGGAACCCAAGAGAGUCGAGGAUCUCCAAAACAAGAUCGUCAACUGCCUAAAAGACCAAGUGACGUUCAGUGGCGGUGGAUUGAAUCGUCCCAACUACUUGUCAAAACUCUUGGGGAAGCUCCCCGAACUGCGCACACUAUGUACCCAAGGUCUGCAGCGUAUCUUUUACCUAAAACUAGAAGACCUAGUCCCUCCGCCAGCAAUAAUUGACAAACUUUUCCUCGACACCCUGCCUUUCUGAGCCCCGACUCCACGGUGGGCUGAGACCUCACAGAACUUCCAAAAAAAAAAGACACUGUUUCGAGUCAGACGUGGCAGAUUUUUAAACGGUGUUAUUAUUAUUUCGGGAAAUAUCUGCAAGCUCCGUAGGCGAAUAGAACAACACUACCCCAUUAUGUUUCACGAAGAAGACAAAAGAUAAAGAGGCAGAACGUGUGAUUGCUGUGUAGGCCUUUUAAUUCUCUGACAAUAGUUUUUUUUUUUCUGUUGUGCCAAACGAGUGGGGAUAUUUUUUGUUUUUUCUCUCCAGUGAACAAAAACAAACUGUCAACAAAGUUAAUCCAGUUUUACAAUCACUUACUGUUUAUUUAACAAUCGGCUCCACUGAUUCAGCAUACUCAGAUGUAAUAUAUUCCAUUUAUAUAUAUUUAUAUACAUAUAUAUAUAUAUAUGACCACACACACGCACACACACGCGCACACACGCACACUCACUGUAUAUUACGAUAGAUUAUGUGAUGCCUCCAAUGCAUCGGUUUAUAACGUGUACAAAGUUUGUUAUAAUGAAAAAAAAAAUAUUUCAUUUUCUUUUUUCUGACUCGUGCCUAUGUGUUUCUGACAGGAUCCCAAAAAGUAUCCAGAAAAGACAACGCAUGUUCUAGUUUACUUUCUUUUUCUCUCUCCCCCCCAUUUUCUUUUCUUUCUUUUAUAGGCACUUGCUGAGGUGAUGUCUAUAUAUAAUAUAUACCGGACACUAUGUAGUCUGCUAGAUUUGAUACAGAUUCGUAGUUAUGGCACUCCUUUUAUGUAUUACGCAUAUGUGGAAAAAUAUCUCAUCUGUAUAGAACAAUGAGGGACCCAUGGUGUUUGUAAAACUGUCAGACAUUCCUUGUUUGUAUGUGCUGUAAGUAUUGUUGCUGUUGAAUAUAAACGUUUCUAUAUAUUUAUUAUUUCUAUUGCCAAGAGCUACACUAUAGCAUGGUGCAAUUUAAACGACUCCAAACCA